AUGACUUGCUCUGAUUACACAUCAGCCUACGAUCAAUUUGUCCUUUUUGGAGAUUCAAUCACGCAGUUUUCGCAUGAUCCACUCCUGGGAUUUGCAUUUGGGAGUGCCCUUCAGAACGCCUAUGCACGGCGUCUCGAUAUAAUCAACAGAGGUUUUAGCGGAUAUAAUACCGACAAUGCCGUUGUGCUCUUCCCCAAAAUCUUCCCCUCGCCUCAGAAAGCCCGAGUGCGGCUUAUGACUAUAUUCUUCGGCGCCAACGAUGCCGUGCUGGCCCCGUAUGGCCAGCAUGUCCCGCUGGAUCAAUACAAGGAGAACCUCCAGACCAUCCUGGAGCAUCCGUUGACCAAGGCACAAAACCCAAAGAUCAUCAUCAUCACACCUGGGCCAAUCAACGAAUAUCAGCUGCAGUACUUUGAUGCUUCGAAGGGAUUCAACACCCCCAGUCGGACGGCAAACAACACAAAACUAUAUGCGGAUGCAUGCCGCGACGUUGCCAGGUCGCUCGGUCUCCCAGUCGCCGAUCUCUGGACUGCAUUUAUGAAUUAUGCAGGAUGGAAAGAUGGUCAGCCUCUGGUUGGGUCUAGAGAUGCGCCUGCAAACGAGCUUUUAUCGACCCUGUUAACCGAUGGGUUGCAUUUCACCGGCACUGGAUACAAGAUCAUGUACGACGAAGUCAUGAAGGUGCUGCAAGCCACCUGGCCAGAGGAAGACCCAGAAAGACUGCCGAUGGUUUUUCCACACUGGGAGGUGGCUCCCAAGCCAGUGCGUCGUUGA